AUGGAGCUUACUUCCCAACGGUGGUACAAGGGCCUCUUCGCGGCGACCGCCCUGCCGUGGCUACGCCUGGUCAGCUCCUUUGGGGGCCUUGGUGGCCUGCUGCCACGGCACCGCAUCCAGGGCGACGACGAUCUGUCCAAGGACCCUGUCAAGCUCGCGCGCAUUUGCAGGCCCAUCUGCGCUUCCAUGCUCCGACACUUGCGGUACCCAGGCGCCCCUAAGCUCAAGGCCGAGUCUGUCGAGGCCCUCUUGGAGUACAUGCACAAGAGGGCCGUCGAGUUCGGCGUGCCGCUGGACACGCCUAUCUCUGCAAAGGGCUUCCGUCUGGGCUACGCUGAGGGAUUGCUCGCCCACCCAAACCACCCUGUCGAGGUCCAGGGCUACGUGGGACUCUUCACAUGGCUCGUCGUGCAGUACGACGACAUCGUGGGCCAGAACGACCAGAUGGUCGACGAGGCGCUGCGGUUCCACGAGCGCUUCUUCGCCGGCGAGCGGCAGCCGCACAACCUGCUCGAGGGGAUCGCCAUCCUGCUGCGCGAGGCCAACGACCACUUCGACCCCGUGAUGGCCAACCUCAUGCAGCUCUCGGUGCUCAAGUUCCUGACGAGUAACCUGCUCGAGCGCCACGCCGGCUUCCAGAAUCUCGACGUCACGCGCGACGGCGUCAAGUUCCCGCACUUUUACCGCGACCUGUCGGGCAUGAACGUCGCCUACGCCGUCUUCUGCUACCCCAAGGCCCAGUACCCGGACGUCUCGCAAUUCCUCGAGGCCAUGCCGGACAUGGCCAGGUUCAUCGACAUCUCCAACGACGUGCUGUCGUUCUACAAGGAGGAGCUCGGCGGCGACACGAGGAAUUACAUCCACAACGUCGCCAACACCACGGGCAAGCCCAUCGCCGUCGUGCUCGAGGAGACCAACCAAGAGACCAUCGAGUGCGCCAAGCGCGUCAACGCCAUCCUCAAGGGCAGGGGCGUGUACGACCAGUCCUGGCAGGACAGCGUGCGCGGCUACAUGGCCAUGCACACCACGAACCCCCGGUACAAGCUCAAGGACCUCGGCCUGGGCGAGGAGCACCCGCUGGCUCCCUUUGAGCACCAGAUCGGGGAGCUCUUUGAGCGUUUCCACAAGCAAUAA